GGGCAGGAAGCUGUGGGUGGUGCUUUCCGAUUCGAGAGGACACCAGCAAGUAGUGGCACGCUUCUCAUGUUGAACUUUUCUCCUCUUCUUUUCUGUUUUCCACAAUUUUUAUCAUCCAUGAUAAGUAUCUUUCCCAACUUGCGUGGUGGAGAGCAGUUUACAAAAAGAAAAGUGAAGAGAGGAGGAGGUUUUGUUUGACUCGCCUGUGCUAAAGCUCCUACCGACGAUUUGAUGAUUCCUCCGGUUUCACCAUCAGCUCUCUACGCCAUCUCCAGCGAGGCUGCUGGAGUUGCUGGUAAUCUUUUUGCGUUUGUAUUGUUCAUCUCACCGAUACCAACGUUCAAAAGGAUCGCCAAGAAUCAUUCCACCGAGCAGUUCUCAGGGCUUCCGUACAUAUAUUCUCUCCUGAAUUGCUUGAUCUGCUUCUGGUAUGGACUGCCCUGUGUCGCCCAUGGAGUCAUCCUGGUUGCUACCGUCAAUUCGAUUGGAGCUAUUUUCCAGUUGGUGUAUGUUGCUCUCUUUAUUAAAUAUGCCGAUAAGACAAAAAAGCUGAAGAUGGCUGGACUUCUGAUAGCGGUCUUCUGUGCCUUCGCUCUUGUCAUAUGUGUUAGCCUCGAAUUGUUAGACGACGGGAGACGGCAGAUGUUUGUUGGAUAUCUGAGUGUCGCCUCUCUCAUUUCCAUGUUUGCAUCCCCAUUAUUCAUCAUUAAUUUGGUGAUCCGGACAGGGAGUGUCGAAUUCAUGCCUUUCUAUCUUUCUCUAUCGACCUUCCUGAUGAGUAUAUCAUUCUUUGCAUAUGGAAUGUUGAAGCAUGACUUUUUCAUAUAUGUUCCGAAUGGGAUUGGAACAAUCCUUGGGGUCAUACAGUUGUUGCUCUAUGCCUACUACAGCAGGAAAUCGAGCAGCGAUUGUAGAUUACCACUGCUAGCAUCAUGUGAAUGAUGCAUGUGGCAAAGAGUUUUAUGGUGCACUGAAGCAGUUGCUUUCUCCUUGGAUCAGAUAUAUGGGUUGUACCUGAACUAAGAAGUCAGCCAACUAUGAGCUCUACCUUUUAUAUGGAGACAAUUGUGUGGUGAAGUUUGACUCCUUGUCUUCAAAUAUUGGGAGCAAUCCUAGGUAAUACGCUGGAAAAUUUUAUUUUAAGAGACUUAUGGAAGACUAUAGCAAGCAUUUCUGCUGAUUCAGAAUUUUUCUGGUCAAGGCAUGAAGAUAUGCUGGUGUGUUUUGUCUUGUGUAGCCACUCAAAACCAGUAUUGUAUUUGCAUCUGUGAUAUUGAAUUUUCAUUUUUUUUUUAAGGUUUGAAAUGUCUUUUUACAUAAGGAAACAUUGUUUGUGGAUUCAACAUGUAUUUAUGCUUAAUUAUUUGCUCAAUUUAAUAAAAUGGAGUUUUAUUGGUGUUUGAAGUGUCCAG